AUGAGGAAGACGCGGACGAUGCCUGAGAACCACUCGACUGCUAAUGGUAAUGACUCUAAUAGACGUCAAAUUCACAAGCUGGAAGACGAUCCAAAGCUGCAGACUCUCACGCCUCGAUCGCUGGCAAAGAGCAUGGCGGAACUUGAAACAUUGAGAUCCAGAGUGCAAGAUCUCGAGCAACAACUUGCAAAGCAUCAAAUUGAGGCUUUUACACCGAGUAAAACGAAGUUACCUCCAUUGACAGACGCCCAUGCUGAAUCCGUGUUUCCUAGUGGAGGACUACCUGCGUCGUCAACAAAUGGUGUCAAGUCUACUAGUGAACUGAAAACGAUUCAAACUAUCGCUGGUGUCGCGUUUUUAAAUGAUCGAGCAACCACAGCACCCGCAACAACAUCACGGAAUGUGACGGUAGCUCCGGCUGGGAAAUGUGUUGACAUAACUACCGAUGAGCCUGUUGUAAAAACCUUAGCUUUCAUUCCCAGCACUCUUGCAAUCGAUGUCGAUGCCACUUUGGAUCAAGUAGAAUUCUCGAAAACCGAUAGUUGCGGCACUAGAUCCCCACAUUUCGAGGAAACCAAGAUCAUAAUCGGCCAAGAAGGUGAAACCGCUACGUUUGCGAUAUCCCAGAGAAAUCGGUUGUACCAGAUUCUCAGGCGCUUGAGUACUGUGGCUACGAUUCCUGAAGAUGAGCUCGUGUUACUCAAGAAGCUUGUGGAUGCUGAGAUUGGAGAUGUCAUUAAAUUUCUUCUCGAUGUUGAAUCAGAGCAGUCUGUCACUAUUAUUCGCGACAAGCUAGCAGUCCUUGUAAAGGAUGGAUCGCCUUUCAAGCACCGCAGCCUGGUUCGACCAACGCCGCCACAUUCUCACCCUCUUUGGAGUAUUCAGUACCCGCUUCUCAAGGUCGCGCAGAACCUAGAACAACUUCGAGGCACCGAUUCUUUCUCUCCUGACUCUCCAUCCCAGAAAACCGACGUGAUAGUUUUGGUUUCUAGCGGGGCUUACAACCCCAUUCACAUGCUGCACAUUCGUGCUUUUUACGUUGCACGGCAGUACGUCGAGGCCAACUACAAAUUCCCAGUCGUUGGAGCUUUCAUCUCGCCAUCUCACGAUACGUUUGUACGUGUCAAGAAUCGCCGUAACACGCGUGAAAUGAUCACUAAACGACAUCGACUGGCGUUGAUAGAGACUGCAGUGGUAUCGUCAUCGUGGAUCGAAGUGGACAAAUGGGAGAUCACUCGACGAAGAGUACUCGACUAUUUGAGUACACUAACUCAUAUAAGAGAGAUGUGCGAGUCACAUUUCCCUCACUAUCGCUUUCACGUCAUGUACGUCUGCGGAUGCAACACGGUGGUUAAACUGAGUCACUCUGCUCUGCGCGAUGAUGGAUUUGGCUGCAUUACUGUGUGCAGACCUGCACAAACGGAUAUGGUAAUUAAACAGUUGGGGAAAACACAGGCGAAAAUGACGACAAUAGUUGAGGAUACCGGUGUGUUACCGUGUGAAUUGGAAAGCGCCACUAGUUUCCGUGUACGCCAUGCACUCAUGGAUGUCAACUCGAAUGCCAACAAGAUCGAGAUGAUGGUAGGGAAACCGGUAUUUCAGUAUAUGUUGAAACACGAGAUUGGGGACAAGAUCGCUGGCAAAGUGAGCUGGAGCGAUGAAGACAAACAAUGGCGGCAACAAGACCUCACUUAUGUAGAAUAUACCGAGAGUUAG